AUGCACCAGCGCGCGGAAGGCGACCCGAUGGACGAGUGGAGGACGGGAGCUUCCGGAAGCUCCAGACGGGAGGCUGGCGAUGCUGAUGGCGAUGCCACAGGCGGGGAGGGGGUGGAGGGGGAAGCACAGAUUGAUCCAUUGGAUCCCCUGCAGCGAGAAGACAUUCUGUACUUGAUGAAGCAGCUUCAGGCGUUGUCGCUGAGGAAGCGUCGGACGGGAGCCCCGGUCCUGAGCAGUUUCGAUGCGGAGGGGGUCGCGAAGUACAUAAAGGAAAACAACGUCAAAAACAUCGUGUGCAUGUGUGGCGCUGGCAUCAGCGUCAGCGCAGGAAUUCCGGAUUUUAGGACGCCCGGCACAGGCAUCUAUUCGAAGGUUGAGAAGUACAAGCUGAGGAGGCCUGAGGAAAUUUUCUCUCUGUCGUACUUCAGGGAGAAUCCUGAGCCAUUUGUCAAUCUGGCAAAGGAAAUGAUUCCCGGCAAGUAUCGGCCCACACCCGCGCAUUAUUUCAUCACCCUGCUGCAAAAGAAGGGCCUCCUGUUGCGAUGCUUCACUCAGAACAUUGACUGCCUGGAACGCCUAGCAGGGCUGCCAACAGAGUACAUUGUUGCGGCACAUGGAAACUUCGAUGGGGCGCAUUGCAUUGGCUGCCACAAAGCAUAUGACAUAGACCAAAUGAAGGGGGAUCUAGAGAAGGGAAAUGUCAGCAAGUGCAGCUCAUGUGGAGCCUAUGCCAAGCCAGACAUCGUGUUCUUUGGUGAAGCUCUACCUCCCAGAUUUUUCAUGCUUGCAGGGUCAGACAUGCCGAAAUGCAGCUUACUCAUUAUCUUGGGCACGUCGCUGGUGGUGCAUCCAUUUGCCAGUCUUGUUGACGAAGUAGGCAGUGAAGUGCCACGUUUGCUAAUCAACAACGAGAUUGUUGGGGAGUCGGUCGGAUUGGACUUUGGCGCGGAGAACUACAGGGAUGCGAAAAUCCUUGGUAGCUGUGACGAUGGCGUCUUUCAGCUUGCGGAGCUCCUCGGCUGGAAGGAAGAGUUGGAUGCACUGAUAGAAGAGGGCGCCAAGGAAGCGGCAGCAACAUCAUCUGCCAAAGAGGAUAUGGCCACAGCAGCUGGUUCAGACAACGGAGCAAACUCAAGCUCAUGA